GUUUAUUUGCGAUUUCGCCACUGCCAUAUGUUUUCGUAAGUUUACCCAAAAAUGUCCGUCGCUUUCUUUGUUUUCUUCAGAAAACGGGUAUGCGAAACAAAGGCUGCGAGCCAAACGGCAACGCUGGAUGCUUCAGUUGUAUGUAUGCCAUUAGUAGUAGACCGAUAUAACUGGCCUCAAGUACCAUACGACAUGAGGCAGCAUGUGUCCCUGGAGGAGAGGCAGCGGGCAACCAGCAGCAGGCAAGAGAGGGCCACCCCCAAGGAGCACCGCGGCGCAGCUGAGGAGCAAAGGGGUUUCCCUAGUGCUGUGCAGCAUGCAACCUGCUUUUCAUUGUUUUUAGCGGAGCACAACUUGCCGUUCAUCUUUGCGAUGACCUGGAGCUGAAGCGGAAAAUGCUCCUUGAUUCGACCAUCGCAGCACAGAUGGCCCUUAAAAUGAAAUGUUCCCAACUAACGAAAGUUACGUCUGACUAUUGAUGAGACGACCGACUGCACCAAAGACAAAGCAUGUGCCUUAGUUGUCAAGUAUUUUGAGAAAGAAACCACAAUUAAGACGGCCAUGCUAGACAUCAUCAGUUUAUAUGAGGGGAAUGAUGGGUCGUCAUGCGUCUCUUAUUUAACUGUAUAACGAGAACCCUGAAUACCUACCAAAUUUCUGACAAAUAUGGUCGGCGUUGCUGCUGACGGGGCAUCAAAUGUCAUUGGUGCUGUAAAUUCUGUGAGCAGCAGACUAAAAGCACAUGUGCCUGGGAUUACAAUUUUUAAGUGUAUAGCUCACAGUAUACAUAUAUGUAGCAGCUAAGCAGCCAAAACGCUUCCCCUAACCGAAGGAUUGAUACGAAAUGUGUACACCUUUUCCUGCUAUAGCACAAAGAGAAAAUACAUCCUUAAGGAGUAUCAAAUAUUAUGUGAGGCCUAGCCUCACAAAAUUUUGCAUUCAUGUGCAACAAGGUGGCUUUCCUUAACACACGCUGUGGAACGAAUACUAAAACAGUGGCAGCCAUUUAAACUCUGCUUUAAUGGUUUUAGGCUUGAGGGAAAAUUAUCGUCAAUUGGCAGAAUUUGUGAGGCCCUGGAUAGUCAAGGCAUUUAUUGCUAUUUAAAAUGUUUAAAUUACACUUUGCCACAUGACAUUGUAACAAAAUUAUAUCUGGUUACUGAAUUAUUUCCGCUAGUCAUCAAAUUACAGAAAAUGAAACUCCACGAAAUAGGCCCUGUAAACCAAGCAAUUCAUGUACCCAGAUAAAUUUGUAUAGGGGAGGAUGUGCACAGUCUCUUUCAAACAUCAGACAAUUUAAAAAAAAA